AGCAUCUUAGAGUCACAGAAGUGGAAGAGGAGCUGGGAUACAGAUGAACUUUGCAUUUUCUUUAAAGCUGAAAUCUGUCCACAAGUGGCAAUGAGUGACCCUGAUGGUGUAAUACUUAUAAACUCAUCCAGCUUCUCCUGGGUGGAUCCCUGUGUACAUGAAACAUGGCUGGAGAACAUUCUGCUAUCGGUUUGCUACAUUCUGGGUCUGCUUGUUGGAGGCCUGGGAAAUGUCCUUGCUCUUUCACUGUUUAUACGAGAUCGCCAACCACGAUCACCAUCGGAUAUCUUCCUUCUCCACCUCGCCUUGUCCGAUCUCUUCCUGCUUCUUAGUUUGCCAACACGGCUCUACUACCACCUGUCUGGCAACAACUGGCCUUUUGGCUCCAUGCCAUGUCGCCUGUCUGGUUUUGUAUUUUACCUAAAUAUGUAUGCCAGUCUCUAUUUUCUGGCAGGCAUAAGCAUUGACCGUUACCUAGCUAUUGUGCAUCCACUCAACUCCAUCAAGUUUCGCAGGCCUCUGCAUGCCCAUGUGAUAUGCAUACUACUGUGGGCUAUCGUGGCUUUUGCUACGGCACCUUUAUUGUUAAGUCAUAAGCAAACGAUGACAGAAAAUGGUUGCCGACUGCUCUACCGUGAAACGCCAUCAUUGAGAGCACUGACAUCACUCAGCGCGGCAUUUGCCAUCCCUUUCUUGGGAACAGUCACUUGUUAUGGACUCAUUUUAAAGCGUCUCCGUCAAGGAGGUGACAGAAAACCUAAAGAGCGGGCAGUAAAGAUGGUUUUGCUGGUUCUUACAAUAUUUCUGAUCUGUUUUGUUCCCUACCAUCUAAGCAGGGCACUUUAUCAUGUGCUGAUGCCCGGUGGGGAGGAUUCAGCUGCAAUGUCACCAUGUAACUUGCGUCAAGGUCUGGCGUUGGCAAACCGAUUCACUUCCUGCCUCAGUACCCUAAACGCUGCUCUAGAUCCACUUGUGUAUUUCUUUGCGGUCAAGAAAUUUCGGCAGACACUGCUUCAGCUUCCUUGUAGACGACAGGAAGCGGGGGAACAGAAAAACAGACAGGAAAAUCAAACAGAAGAUAGCUCUCUGAGUGCCAAGACAGAAGUCUGAGAAGAAAUGGGUGAAUGAAAACGUAAUAAUAGGUCACAGCGAUUAUAUAACAUUGGCAUUAGUAAGGUACAACUUACAAGUGCCAGGUUCCCAAGACAACCAAACUAUACUUUAUAUUGGUGAGUGCAUGAAGCAUAAGAAACAUCAAAGUUCCAUUACAUUACAAUCUUAAAACAUUCUGGGAUGGUAUUCUCCUGUAGCCCCAACAUACUCCCUUUCGGCAUAAUCAACAGUAUUAUAUUAUGUUCAUUAUGAUUUUUACAUUCUUACUCAUUCAGAUUCUAUUAUUUCUAUAAUUCUCCUAAAACUUGGACACAAAUCAAAAAUCAGCUGAAGGUUUCUUGAUGUUCAAAGUGCAGAUUGUAUUUAGAAAGUGCAUUCAGAUUUCUUCCACUUUCAAGUGUCCAUGGACUCCUGGACAAUAGUGGUAGGGUUAUAUGUUUAAAACAUAUACAAAACAAAUCAUUAAACAUUAGAGGUAUGGCAGGAUUUUACAUACAGAAAUGCGGACAUUUACAGACAUUUCAAACUGGGGAACAUUUUGAUGUUUAAUAUAUUCUGGAAGUUAUUCUAAAUUUCUAGAUAUUGUAUGAGAAGACAGCUCAGUCCUUUCUCCUGUUGUAACAGGAAUACCAAGCAAAUUGUGACAGAUGUACCAGAGUUUAUAAGAUGUUUAAAGAACUGGGGGGAGCAAACUGCUCAAGUAGUACAGGAGAUUUACUGAGAAAUGGUUAUGGUCAUGCAAGAGAGGUAAAUAGUAUGUGUAGAAUGAACCAUAGUACUUUUAACAUAUCAUAGUGAUGAGUAUUGCAUUCAC